AUGAUUGACUGUAAACCUGUCUCCACGCCUUUAGCAAACCAUUUUAUGCUAAGUAAAAGUCAAUGUCCUAAAACUGAAGCUGAGAUGAUAAAGAUGAAUGAUGUCCCAUAUGCAAGUGUAAUAGGCUCUAUAAUGUAUGCAAUGAUAAGCACUAGACAUGAUCUUUCUUUUGCUAUAUCAAUGCUUAGUAGAUUUAUGUCCAACCCUGGCAGUGAACAUUGGACUGCCUUGAAAUGGGUUCUUAGGUACCUUAACAGUUCAUUAAGUGUUGGUUUAAAGUACUCCAAAAGAACUACUAUGCUUGAUCUUGUUGGGUUCGUAGAUUCUAAUUUUGCAGGUGAUAAGGACACUAGAAAAUCCACUACAGCCUAUUACUUCACACUUGGAGGAAACUGUAUAAGCUGGAAAUCUCAGUUGCAGCCCAUUGUAGCAUUGUCAUCAACUGAGGCAGAGUACAUAGCCAUAGCAGAUGUGUUUAAGGAGGCCGUGUGGUUGCAGGGAAUGUUGUCAGAAGCAAAUCUAUCUGAUGGGAAGGUCAUAAUCUACUCUGACAGCCAGAGUGCGAUUCAUCUUAGUAAAAACCCAGUGUAUCACGAAAGAACCAAACAUGUAGAUGUCAGAUUCCAUUUUGUGAGAGAUCUAGUUGCCCAAGGAGUAGUUGAGUUGAAGAAGGUUGCCAAUGAAGAAAAUCCAACAGAUAUGGGGACAAAAGUCAUUACACCAGCAAAGUUCAAUCAUUGCUUGAAGUUGCUAUCAGUGGAGUAA